UAAAUAUUGAAUCGAUCCAGCAUAUAGUGUCCGUCCCGCCAUCCAUGCAUCAUCCAGUCAUGCCGUCCAGUCAGUCACUCACUCCCUCACUCGGCCAGCCUUUGCCCAUAACACAAGACGUGUAUGUGUUCGCAGCAGCAUCCAUCCAUCCACCUACACACACAGGGCACAGGACACACAGAAAUAUGUCCGUCCAUACGUGCGGUGCCCCGAGCCUCGUCUGUUCGUCGGUCGGUCACCUGUGUGUGCUGUGUGAAUGUGUCCAGCCAGCUUAGUGUGAUCCUGGGUCCUCGUGCGGCGAGUCGGCAUCGUAAAAUUCAUCCUCAUCGUCUCUGACACACACAAAAGACCGACGCAAAACGCAUACAUUAUAUGUGCGUGCCAGCAGCACUCCCCUCCCUCCCUCCAGGCCUCCCUCUCCGUAAGUGGCCCUUUCUUUCUUUGUGUUGUACUCGUCUUCCUGCAGCGUGUAUCGAGGGCGGCGGUCCGUGCCCCGCCGCAGCAACGAAGGGUACUUAUCCAUCAUCGACGAACACUGCUUGCCAGCACUAGCAUCCGUCGUCACCACCGCCCCUAAUCCUACCCCAGCCCUCCCCAAGGUGCCGCCCACACCCACACGCCCCCCCUCUCCCUCAGACGGCCCGCUCUCGCGGAUACCCCGCCCAUCGUAGCCACGCCGCCCGGGGCUGGCGCCAUAGCCGAGACGAGACGCCAAAGACGAUCCGUCAUGCAAUCCGCCAAGGAUGGGCCGGCGGCCAAGUGUCUCAAUGUCAUCUGUGCGAGUGGCGCCGAGCGGCUUGAGAGUGGGGCGGCUGGAUGAGGCCGAGGGGUAGAUGAGAGGGGCCUGCAGUUUGGAUGGAGGCAUGGAGAGGGACGCACCCGUCGUCGCGCGAAGUCUCAUCGACGUGCCAAGCGGCUGGGUGGUCGCGCCCGUGCUGGUGCUGGUGCUGAUGUUUGCUUCCUCUUUCGCUGUUGGUGAGCUGCUCAGCAGGGGGUCCCUCAGGAACCGCUGAUAGAGGGCGCUCUUGGCUGCACGGGAGAGGGAGAGGUUGCCGAGUGGUGCGUCGAGGCCGCUGGUGUCCUCUGUGUUGAGCGUUUUCUCGAGAGACGCCAGCACCUCGUUGACCGAUCGGGUGCUCGGCCGUGGAUCCCUCUCUAUCGGGCGCGGGCUCUCGACGAAGUCCCUCUCUGGCUCCACGACAGUCUGCUGCAGAGCCUUGGGCCGCCAUUCAUCCCUCGUAGUGCCGUAUCCCAUAUCGCCCCCCUCGCCCCUCUCGCCAGCAGCAGCCCUGUUGGCACUGCCACCCAGCCGCAUGGGCGGCGCAGGACGUCUGGGCGGUGGGGUGCCCUCGGGUGUGUCCUCGCAGUAGCCGUAUCCCUCUUUUCCCUCUAUCACCUCCACCUCCCUGUCCUUCUGGUCGUCUUCCUCCUGCCCCCUCGCACUCGCCCAUAUCUCGUUGAUGUAGGACCGUGGCGACGACAGGCCCGUCUUGAACGACACGCUGUGUGAGGUCAGGGCAGCAGGCGACGAGACAUCCCGCGGCACCCUCGUCAGCUGGGCGAUCUUGCUCGGCAGCUGAGGCACCCUCGUGCACGGCGCACGGUGACGCUCUUCUGACUCUUGCCCCGGCUGGUCCACCUCUUCGACACGAACACCCUGCUCCUGCUUCUGGAUGGGCGGCGGCAGAACGUCAAGACGCACAUCGGGACGGAACGAGCCAGAGAGCUGCUCGAAGGCGUCAUCGGUGGCCAGGGGGGAGGACUGGGCUCGGGAGAGACGAUGGAAAAGGGAUGGCAUCAGGGAGGCCGGGUGCUUGUCGGCACUCGCGCGGGGCGGCUCGGAGGGCAGAGGGUGGUGCAGCGCGUCUAUGUGGUCGUCUGAAGCAAAAGUCACCCACCCUUCCUUUGCCGAUGGACGGGAGACAACGUCCUCGGCGUCCUCAUCGCAGGCCCCAUCCUGGAUCGGUUGGCCCACCCCGCCCUCCUGGCUGGUCUCGCCUUCUCCCUCUAGCUCUCUAACCUGUUCAGCAAACUGCUCCUCCCCCGUCCCCUCGUCCUCCUCCUCAACUGCUCCUUGAGGCUCGACAGCGAGACCUUCAGGCGGCUCGGCAUCGGCACCCUCGCCCUCGGCGUCCUCAGCCGCAUCCUCUUCUAUCGGAGGCAGGUCGGGCCCUGCCUCGGCCUCUUGCAUGGCACCCCCAUCGCCCUCACCCUGCUGCUCUGUGCUGUCCUCCUCUUGUCCCUCUUCUUGUUCCUCUUCGUCUUCCUCCUCGUCUCCCUCAGGGAUGCAUUCGGACAUGCGGGGCGCACGAGGAGGUGGGGCAGGGUCCUCGCGCUUGGCGGCCGAGAGGGAGUGGGCUUGGGGCAUCUCAGGGAAGAUCUGGCAGGAACUGACGGGGCUCUUGAACUCCUCAUCGCUGUCUGGGUGCGAGGGUGGCUGGGGUGCCGGCAGCUUGGCCACGAGACCGCUGAAGUCCUGAUCGAGCUUGUCGAUUGCGCUGCUGCUGGCAGGGGGUGGGGCUGGGGGUGGCUGUGCUGCCUGGUCCAGGGAGACAUGCUGACUGGGACCAUCGCGCUCGAGCUCAAUCUCCUCAUGGAACUCCUGGACACACAAACGACAAAGGCGGACCGGACCUUGUGCAUCGACGAAGCCAUUGCAUGUCUUUCUUUCUUUGUUGCGCUUGAUUGCGCCGCGACCGACCAGUAAGUCAGUGGAUGUGGGCGGCACCCUGAGAAAGUCUCGAUCCAGCCCAUCCGACCCAGCACUGGCACGCGAGUCCCGAGGGAGCGUCAUGCCCCCGUCACCCCCCGCACCGUCCCCAUUGCCACCAUUGCCCUCAUUGCCCUCCGCAAAGGCCGGGAAGAAUGAACCUCGCCUGGGGCCGAGGGAAAUGUCCGUCCAAUCGCUACGACGCUCCUGCAGGGCUGACACACGCUCCUUCUCGAGAGGCGGAGGGGGCGGCUGCACGGCUGGGGGGGCCUGUUCUGUUGGCUUCUCGUCGGCCUUUGUCUUGUCUGUUGGCGUCUGGGUCUCGCCCUCGUGUGCGGAUGGCGUGGGUGCUGUCUGUGCUGCCGUCUCUUCUGCCCUCUGUGCUAGCUCGUGCUGUCUGGCCAGCUGCUCGAAGACGCCCCUGUCAGCGGCGGGUGGCUGGUGAGGUGACGCAGGGGGCGGUCGGGGUGGCCGGCCAGAUGGCCCACUGCCCCCACACCCAUAUGUCCGCCGCCUAGCCCUCUCGCGGCUCUUCUCCCGCACCUUCUCUACUACGUCCACACCAAACGUGUGAACCUGGCAAACACACAACACACAGAAGACAGAUGUAUGUAUGUAUGUAUGUGUGCAUCGUCGCUUCCAUGUGUGUCCAUAAGUCGUUCCUCACCUGGUCCCAUAUGCCUCUGACCAUCUUAGCACCGCUGCGGACACCUUUCUGUGCGGCCUCACGCAGCGGCAGUGACACACCUCUCCGGUACAGACCCCCAGCUGAUGAAGGCACCGACACCAGUGGCGCCAUCUGGCCGCCCUCCAUCACAAACGGCACUGUCAGAUGCCUCGUGGUCACACUGGGUAUCAUCGAUGAGAGAAUGCCGGAUGUGGGUGUACGGUUAAGACUGGAAGGGGUGGGGGUGGCGAAGGAACUGAGAGGCGAUGGGGGCACAUGGUGGUCGGACGAUGGACGCUCUUCUGCAGGGGGAAGGGGAGGCGGGACGCUGGCAUUCGAGCGGUGCCGGGCGGCCUCGAACACCUGCACAGCCGAUACAGACAGACCUAUUUGCAUCAAUCAAGAGCCUCUCGCUUUUGUUGUCUGCCGACCUUGAUCCACGCCUGCAUGUCUGGCGCUGUUUCGCUGUAGAGCUCCAGCACACGGGAAGCCGUACAGACCUGGCAACGAGAGAGUCCACCCAUAUGGCAGGAAAAGACCGUCGCAUGUUUCUGUUUGGAUCCAUCCAUCGGUACCUGGAAUCCAUAGUUGCAUGCCGUGCCCAUCCGCUUGUCCUCUGGGAUGGGGGCGGCAUCCUCCAACACCCGAACAGACUCUAUCUGCAGAUACACAGCCACCAUCAACCACAUCCAUCCAUCCACGCAUCCACGAGCGGACGGGAGAAGUGGCAUGUUUGCAAGAUCCGUACCUCAUUGAAGUUGAUGGGCACGGACACACGCUUCGAGGUGCUCUCAGACGCAUAGUAGCUGCAUCCAUCCAUCCAUGAGAUAUGCACACGAUGACACGGAUGCGGCAUGAAAAGUGACGAUGCGGCGACUUACAUGCAUAAUUUCCGGAAGUCGAUGGAGAAGUAUCGCCUGUUGAACUGCAAGAGACCCCCCAGGGUGGUCCGGCGGUGCGCAUCGCCGCCCUUGCGCUUGAACAAAUACCCCACCACAACACACGAUGCGCUAAGCUGAGGAGGCGUGACUGACGGCCCACUCUCCUCCACGGCCUCCUCACCCACCGCAUCACCCCGGGCGGCUUCCAUUGCGAU